CCGCGGCCGCGACUCAGCUCGUCCACGUCCCUGCUCGUCGCCUGAACAAGAACGUGCUGCUCUGUUGCUCACCACCGUCCUGAACUGUUGCCCGUCGUCCUCCCCUGAUGAAGAAGGUGUUGCUCCCGUUUCUCUGAAGAAUAUAAGGUACAGAUUCAGUUUCUUGUGCAAUGUUGACUGAAAAACUGAAGCACUGCAUUUAUGUUUGUAAAAUGAAAUUGCAGUACUUUCUCUUUUUCUGUGAAUAUGUACUUCCAAGUUCAAUUGCAAAGGUGUAUAUGUUGAAAUUGCACAAAAAAUCAGCAAUAUGGAAUAUGGAAUAUGUCCUUCCAAGUUCAAUUGCAAAGGUCGUUUGGGUCUUUCAUUCUUUCUUGGUCCAUGUAUACCAACCUUCAUAUGGAAUACUGAUCUACCAUGGCAACACUCACCGCCUUUGCUUCCGCUGGGCUGGGAACGUUUGGCAACCCAUUUGAAAAUUUGAAGUUGCCAGUGAACAUAGCUUCUUUAUUUGUUGUUCAAAAGUUCAGGUAUAGAAGAACUUGGUGAGAUUAAAUAUUCAAAAAAAAAACUGACAUUCCUGUGCAUGAUGCUGUUAUGAAGUUUGGCAUCAUCCACCUGAAAGUCAUAAGCCAGAACUGAAACUCAUGCUUCGUUGUCAAUCUUGGUUUGACAGUAACUACUCUUGUUUAUAAUUUCAAAGCAUAACAGUAACAAUUGACAGUAACUUGCAAUAUUUACUCCAAUAUUGACAGUGACGAAAUCAGUCGAGGACCAAGAAAACAAAACAAAACAAAAAACAGCAAGAAUAUCUCAAGCUUAGUUCCAACCAACUGCAGCGAGGCGGCGGAGAUACUGUAAGCACUUGAAAACAAAUAGUGGGGAGGUCAUGAGAGACAACAAGAUGAGCCUCAAAAUUGACAAGGAAAUUGUGCUCUCCAAUGACUUUGUACUAGGACAAAUUGCUGGUGUACUUAAUCGUCUCCGCGGUAGGAAGAGACUACCUCGUGAUGCACUGGAUGCGUGGAAGUAUACCCUGAUGCGCCAAAAGGACAUCUUCUCAAAACCUUUGGUACACGGAAUGUGUAAUGACCUACAAAACACCUACAAGGUUGAAUUCCCUCGGAUGAGUGACUAUGGGAAGCUCAAGAUGAGACUCGUGAAUCUUGAUCUCAACUCAAGCCCAACAUAUGAUGGUGUACUUGAUCUCAACUCAAGUCCAGCACAUGAUGAAGCUCAAGAUAUGGUGGCUGAACAACCUGAUGAAGCUCAAGAUAUGGUGGCUGAUCAACCUGAUGAAGCUCAAGAUAUGGUGGCUGAUCAACCUGAUGAAGCUCAAGAUCACCAUAGAGGCCUAGAUCUCAACUUAAGCCCAGUACAUGAUGGUAUACUUGAUCUCAACUCAAGCCCAGCACAUGAUGAAGAACCUAAUGAAGCUCAAGAUAUGGUGGCUGAUCAACCUGGUGAAGCUCAAGAUAUGGUGGUUGAUCAACCUGGUGAGCAUCGUAAAAAAGAUCUGACAAAUGAGGAGAGAUAUGGUGCUUAUUUUGCUCUGGAAGUAAUUAAGAGUAGAGACGGAAAGUUUCAAACAGAAGACAAGGAGCUUGUAGCAAGCCUGCUUAACACAAGUGUACGGACAGUCGAGCGAAUCUGGGAAAAAGCUCAAAAGCAGCUUGCAGAAGGUCAACCAGUUGAUGUGUCGAACAGGAAGAAGGGCAAUAGUGGCCCUAAAAGGAAAGAUUUGGAACUCUCGAGGAUAACAACAAUACCACUAAACAAAAGAAGGACAAUUCGAUCUCUAGCAAAAUCUCUCGGUGUUAACCGCUCAACAUUACACCGAAGGUUUAAGUGGGGUGAGCUGAAGCGCAUCACUGAUAGCGUAAAGCCAUCGAUGACACUAGCUAACAAGAUACAGAGGUUGCAAUUCUGCAUGUCUAUGCUUGAUGAGAAGCCCGAUAAGAACUUGCAAUGCAGAUUCAAGGAAAUGGACAACAUGGUCCGUAUUGAUGAGAAAUGGUUCGACAUGACGAGAGUGAGAAAUACAUACUACCUACACCCCGAAGAACCGAAACCAUUGCGCAGCGUGAAGAACAAAAAUAGCAUUGGAAAAGUGAUGUUCCUCACGGCUGUUGCCAAGCCAAGGUAUAGUGAAGAUGGUGUAGUCACGUUCGAUGGGAAAAUUGGCACAUGGGCCUUUGUCAAGAAUACUCCGGCUCUUAAAAGGAGUAAACUCAGACCCAAAGGAACAAUCGAGAUUAAAUCAGUGAAAGUUACCCGAGAUGUCAUGAGGGAUUACAUGUGUAAUCUGGUGAUUCCCGCCAUCCAGGACAAGUGGCCCGAUGAAGAUUUGGGAAGAACAAUUUUUAUACAGCAGGAUAAUGCAAAACCUCACCUCCUCCCUCACGAUGCCGGUUUCCGAAACGCAGUAGCACAAACUGACCUAGACAUUAGGUUGCUACAGCAGCCUCCGAAUAGUCCAGACAUGAAUGUGCUUGAUCUAUGCUUCUUCAGGUCUCUACAGUCCCUUACUGAUACGAGAGCACCUAAAAAUAUUAGGGAGCUGAUAGAGGGCGUGGAGGAAGAAUACAAGAACUACGAGGUCAAGAAACUAACAAGAAGCUUCAUGACGCUAAAGACAUGUAUGAUUAAGGUAAUGAAGGCUGAAGGAGCAGUAGGAUAUGAUAUCCCCCACAUGGGAAAGGAUCGCCUUGAGGCGGAAGGAAGGCUAGAAGAGGUAAUGGAUGAUCUAUCUAUCUCGGCGAACGUACUUCAGAAAACCAAAGACCUUAUAGUCUAGUACAUCAAGCAAGCAGCAGAAGAAGCAAGCAACCAGCAUCAAGCAGGUAACAAACAAGCAAAAAUGGAAACAGGAGAAGCAAGCAGCAGCAAGAAGCAUGCGAAGCAAGCAAGCAAAAAAAAUGGCAAGCAAGUAAGCGAAGCAAGCAGCAUCAAGCAUGUCGCAAGCAAGCAAGCAGAUCAAGAGGAGCAAGAGAAGCAAGCAAGCAAAAAAAAGGCAAGCAAGUAAGCGAAUCAAGCGAAGCAAGCAGCAUCAAGCAGGUCGCAAGCAAGCAAGCGAAUCAAGAGGAGCAAGCGAAGCAAGAGAUGUAUAGACAUUAGUUGUUAUACCCAUGUUUAGACAGUACAAAGUUGAUUAAUGUUACACAAUCCAUCGAUGUCCAUAUUUAACAGGUUGUAAACUCUUUGGUCUAUACCAGACAGGGAAUAUCAAAGGGAUUU